GAGUACUGGUUUCGCUGUAUGGACCUGGAUGGAGAUGGAGUUCUUUCCAUGUAUGAGCUGCAGUACUUCUACCAGGAGCAGUGUCAGAAACUUGAGGCCAUGGCCAUUGAGCCACUGCCUUUUGAGGACUGCCUGUGCCAAAUGUUAGAUAUGGUUAAGCCAGAAAUCCCAGGAAUGAUCACUCUCAGAGACUUGAAGAGAUGUAAACUUUCCCAUAUUUUCUUUGACACAUUCUUCAACAUUGAGAAGUACCUAGACCAUGAACAGAGGGAUCCCUUACUGGCUGCAAGGGAUGCUGAGACAAUGGGACAGGAGAUUUCUGACUGGGAGAGAUAUGCUGCAGAGGAGUAUGAUAACUUGGUAUCUGAGGAAGCUGCAAACGAGCAGCACAACGAUGGGAUCAGCACAGACUUCUAAUGGCAGGAUGAGUAGACUUGAAACAGGUAAGACACUGUAGGUGCAGGGUUGAG